AGCGGUGCCCCGGCCCCCACCAGCCCCCCAGCGCCCAUCUGUCCCCCCCGCACGUGUCUGAACGGCGGCACCUGCCAGCUGGGUGCCCAGAACCUCCUGGAGUGCCUGUGCCCCGCGGGCUUUGCUGGCGUGUACUGCGAGGUGGAGGCAAGGGGAACGACGUCAGCCCCGGGCACGCCAGCCCUGCCACCUGCACAGAGGGUCAGCAUCGCCCAGGUGGGCAGCACCUCCCUCAAAGUGGACCUGCAGAACUACGUCCAGUCCAAGGCGCAGCUGAAGGGCAUCCGCCUGAGCUACCGGAACCUGUCGGGGCCGGACAAGCGGCCGGUGAUGCUGCGCUUGCCGGCCUCGCUCUCCGAGUACACGGUGCGGGCGCUGAAACCCAACUGCACCUACCGCGUGUGCAUCGGGGCACUGGGGGAGCUCCCCAAGGAGGAGCACUGUGCUGAGGCACAGACCCUGCCCCUCAGCCUGCAGCAGCACUCCCCUGUCAGCCAGAGCCAGGACCCCAACCUCGCCCUGAUCCUCGUCCCUGCGCUGGCUGCCAUGCUGCUGCUGCUGCUGCUGGUCACCGCCGCCAUGUACUACUGCCGGCACCGCCGGGCCAAGGCACACGCUGGCACUGGGGUAGACACCGGCCCACUGGAGCUGGAAGGGGUGAAAGCCUGCCUGGAAAACGGGGAUUUGAGCAGCCACGGCUGCAAGGUGCCAGAGGCGGCGAUGCUUUCUGGCGGCUCUGAGUGCGAGGUGCCGCUCAUGCAGUCGCACUACCCCAGCAACAACAACACCCCGGGGCUCAAACCCUCCUACUUCUGAACCCAAAGGGCUUCCAGAGCCUUGGACACAGGAGGGCUGAGCUCCAGUGGCAGCACCUGGCCAUGUCCCUCUGGGAUACGGAUUGCCAAGGAGCUGACUGAAUUGAGGCAGAAACCCCCCAAACCUACAACGUGCAAUUUCCGAGAGGCUGCCACACUUCGGGAGGAGACACGAAUUUUACUGCCCUGUGCCUUGAUUUCUGUGACUCUAACUAGAAUGUGGGUAGCAGAAGAGAAGUGGGGGGUUAAUUUGGGGGUUGGGGGGCUUUUUUUAGCUCCUGCUAAAGAGAAAGCUGCUGUGAUUCGGCUGAGGGGCACCCACGUGCUGGUAACAAGGGUCCUUCAGCGGAGCACGGCCCGUGACUCGACUCCCUGGAAGCUGAUGUGAGCAAUACGGCCUGGCCGAGGUGCUGGGACCCUCGGGACCCCCCGGGCCAAAGGAAGUGCCGAGCAGGCAAACCGGGAAUUGAAGCUUUAAGAACUCAGAGAGAAUAUUUAUACACCGUUAUUUCCCAUUUCUUCUGGGAAAACUUUUUUUUUUUAGUACAGGUUUGUGUACAUCUCUUUUGUAAGGCAGACCAGAAGGAUGUCUUUUUGUAAAAAAAACCCAAAAAACAAAAUAAUUAAAAUAACAACAACGAAAAGUUCUGUGCAGCCCUAAGCACCUCGGCAGGCGCUGCCCGUCCCAGGCAGGGGUGUGGGCAGCGCGGCGUGUCCCCUGCAGAGGAGCGGGAAGGUCAGCCGUGUCCUCCCGUUGUUGUUGGCGAGCACCGGGAUGAGUCAGGGUAAGGGAGGGGGGACUUUUCCCGACUCUGGGCGUUUUUACCCCCAGGGCGCUGCCCCCCACCUCGGGCGCUGAGGAUGUGUUCCCAAAACAGAGGCCACGGGGUUCAAAUCAGCCCCUGCCCUGCGCAUCAUCCAGCCUUACUUCAUCCUCCCCGCCUGCCAGAUGGCUCCGGGGCCAGCUGCGGGACAAACAGCCCAGCCCAACCUCCUGACGUCACCCGCGGCGGCACCGGGACCCCCAAAUCGCCCGUGACAAGUGUCAGCCCGCGUGGCCCCCCGGGCCGGGGGCCGCAGCCAGAACCCCCCGCUGCCCGGCCCCAGGAACAGCCGGUUUUGUGCGCUGGCCCUGG